AUGCCCCUCACGCCUCCUCCCUCGGGCGGCCACCGUACAUACGUGGCAGGUAAGCAUAUUGCGCGGUUGCCACUCACGCAGAGAAACAUUGGAGCGCCAUACUGCGGGCGGAGAUGGACGCAAGCCCGCAUCUCCAGCCAUCACACCGUGUGCCCGCCAUCCGCGUCGUUGUCGUCGUCGUCAUCCGUCACACAACGCCCGGGAAACGGGCUCCCGCCUACCCGCCUCGCGUCUACUACGCUACCCCGUCGCCGUCCCACGCACUCCCGCAACGUCACCCAUCUCCCUCCCUCACUACGCCGCUCGUCCGGACGCAGCUUCCCGCUACGCCACCUGCACUGGCCCGUGUGCGACGCCCCCCGUAUGCCGCGGCCCGAGCUCACUGGGCCCGCCAUCCCGAGCAGAAAUGCUCCCAACCCCACGGCGGACCAGAUCUCCGGAGGCGUGACGGGCACCCGCAGCUUCACUCGCUUGCCCGUCCGCAGCGGCUGCUGCUUCCUGUUUCCGCUCCGUGCGAGGCUGCCCGCCCUUCUGGUCCUAUCAUCCCUCUGUGCGUCCACGGGCCGCAUCCCACCGCUCUUUGCGCCUCUUCGCGACCCGGGGAGGUGGUGCUCGUCUUGCCGGCCUGCCCUCCUGUUCUACCAAUUCCUCUUUCCGUCAUAUCGCACUCGAUCGUCGCUGCACGGGAUGGCUUAUGCGCAAAGUCCAAACGUAGAUGUACGAGUAGCGUGUGCGUGGUAG